AUGUCGAGAAGAAGCUCCGCCGCUCCCAGCCCUGCUGGCAGUGAUGCUCCCAGCAACGAUACAAACAGCAAGGACCGUGUAAUAGACAAGCAGAAAAUGCUGCUCUCGGCGGACUCGGGCCAUUUCAGCUUGCUCAGGGCGCUACAUCUGGCCGAUCUUGUUACUGAAUUGAAUGGGUUUUGCGGAGGCAAGUCGACAUUCCGAUAUGAAAUCCGAAAUCUGAAAUCUUCCCAUCUAACAUUCCAUCUAGUCAUGUCUGUCUUCUCAUCGAUGCGAUACUGUCUAGGCGAGUCGACCCAAUAUAGGGAUCUAUGGAUAGCCCUGUCAUUCAUGCCAUUUGGUCUCCUCUUCGAUUUUAUGGACGGAAAAAUUGCCCGGUGGCGACGAAAAGCGUCAAUGAUGGGCCAAGAACUCGAUUCUUUAGCUGAUCUGGUAAUAUCAAAACUACAAUACAUGCAUGAUCGCCAUGUUUUGCUGAACUCCCCAUCUAACAAUCUUUCUUCAAUCUACAAGGUCUCCUUCGGCAUCGCUCCCGCUGCCACCGCCUUCGCAAUCGGCAUGCGCAGCCCCCUGGACCACAUAUUCCUCACCUUCUUCGUCCUAUGCGGCCUUACCCGACUUGCCCGCUUCAAUGUGACCGUCGCCACUCUGCCCAAGGAUACAUCGGGCAAAGCGCAGUAUUUCGAAGGCACGCCGAUUCCGACCACGCUGGUGAUUGCGGCGCUGAUGGCGUAUUGGGUGUCGCAGGAUUGGAUUCUGGGGGAAAUACCGUUUGGCGUGGUGGGUGCGGGUUCACUAUUGGAAUUUCACCCGGCUGUUGGUUUGUUUGUGGUUCAUGGUUGUUUGAUGGUUAGUAGAACGAUACAUAUUCCGAAACUGUGA